AUGGCGCGACUAAUUAUACGACCGAUGAGGCAAUUGUCGCCUCACUUUUGUAAUCUCCGCCAUUUAUCUUCGAAAAAGCUUCCGCAACCACCUUCUUCUAUACUCACUCCUCUUCUCUUCCCGUCUUUCUCCACCGCUAUUUCUCCACGGAAACAACGUCGGCCUCCGUCACCGGAAGGUCUCAGUCCGGCUGUUGCUGCCGACAACGAUGAGGCCGAGUCUGACGAUACGGUAAGGAGCCGAAACCAGCGGAAGCGUGACGCUCGUCGUGCGGUCCGAUGGGGUAUGGAACUCGCUUCCUUCUCCAGUGAUCAGAUUAAGCGGAUACUUAGAGCUGCUUCGCUUGGUGAAGAGGUUUAUGAUGCAUUGCUGCUUGCCAAGAAACUUGGCCCGGAUGUUCGAGAAGGAAAGCGUAGACAUUUCAACUAUAUCGGGAAAUUGUUGCGUGAUGUUGAACCUGAUUUGAUGGAUACACUGAUUCAUGCGACAAAGCAAGGUGAUCACACAAAGCUGCAGGCUCUGAUUAGUUCAGCAAAGGACGACGCAGAUGAGGACGAUAUAGAAACAGAGUCGGAAGAUGAAGUGGAGAUGUCAGAAGAAGAAGAAGAAUAUAUGGCUACGGCUGCAAGAUGGUUUGAUGGCCUUACCAGUCAAAAUGUGGAGAUUACUAAAGAAGUUUAUUCUCUUCAGAGCGUUGAUUUUGAUCGACAGGAAUUGCGUAAACUUGUUCGGGAAGUACAGUUGGUUCAUGAGCAAAGAAAAGGAGGCAUAUCCCAAGAGAAGCAGAAAGAAGUUGAAAGUGCAUUAGUGACCGCUGAAAAGUCUUUGAAUCGAUUUCUCUGCUCCAUGGCGAAACAAAUGCUGAGUGCAGAGACCGAUUUGUACUUAUGA